AUGGUCAUUAUACACUCCCAUGGCCCCUCUAAUAACUUCAAAGCUGACAGGGCUCGUCUACCUUCUGGUGUUUACGCGUCGCACUGCCUUUGCACCCAUAUCCCAGACCACGGCUAUCUAUCCUCACCAUCAUCAGACCCAUUGGAAAGAAAUCCUGAACAAUCCCCAUGCUGGCUCAUUCUUCGUGCUUCCGGGGUUCGUAAUGCUGCUCGGUACCAUGCUAACAAUAUGGCUGGGGCACCUCUGCUUCAUUCACCUGAAAACUACAUUCGUCGUCUCUUUCGAGCACGUCGACCACAUUUCACCGAGCGCGAGGUUCCUCCAGUAUCAGAAGUGGAAAACGCGUGGGAGUCACCAUCUCAACUGCCGACUGCUCAGCAAGGUGUGGGCUUGGUGUGGGCGCCUCCUCCGCCAUAUACAAGGUAG